AUGCAGUCUCCGGAUCAGCCAGCCAUGAAGCUUGACAUGCACUCCAAGUCGACCAUUGCAGAGCUCAGAGCCGAAGUGAUGAACGUCUUUGAAAUGGAUGAGCGGACGGCCAAACGGUUACGUUUCUUGCGGAAGAGGGGCACCUGCUAUGUGUCUUUCAAGGAGGGCGAACAUGUCAGAGAGAAGAUCUUCCUGCAUGACCCGGAUAUCCGGGCUUUGUCGGGCGUAAAGCUUCGCAGCUUCUCGGGCGUUGGCGGUAGCAGCCCAACGCCGGAGCUCGGUGGCUUGAAGCAUAGCCUGCCUGCAGGCGUUGACAGCUUUAUGCAAGAAUUUAUUCUGCACACCUUCUCGCGGAUGAACGAGGAGGAGCUCGCCUCAUGGAACGCCUUGCCCAAAUUCGUGAUUUGGACCAUUUGGUUCGACCUUCUCUCGAGCCCCCUCUUCCGGAAGUGCCUGGAUGGGAAGUUCCGGGACUCCCUCUUCGGCCCCAACUUCGACCGGAAGGCGUCCAUUCGCUUGGCCAAGGAGGACCCUGUCCUGAGAGAGUAUGCUUUCCACAAGCGUCAGCUCAUUUCCAUGUGGUUCCAUGAGGAGCCGGAGGUGGAGACCGACCACCGGGGUGACGGGGUGACCGGGAUUUCAUCCCAAAAGAAGAACCUAUCUAUGAAGACUUUGAAGAUUGGCCUAUUAUAA